AUGAGCAGCCCCAAGUCUAAACAGACCUCUCCGGCCUCCAGUCCCAGGGCCCCUAACGACGACCAGCAAAAUGAAGGUCUAGAUAUAACGCAUCACUACCUGCUUCUACUCUUCGAUAAUAAGCUUUUCCAUGCACCUAUUGGCGAUAAUCCACAGAGAGUUUUGGACUUGGGAACCGGCACUGGCUUAUGGGCAAUAGACUUCGCCGACCAGUUCCCCUCCGCCCAAGUCAUCGGCACGGACAUCUCUCCCAUCCAGCCAGCGUGGGUGCCGCCCAACUGCGAGUUCUACAUAGACGACGCACAGCUCGAGUGGACCUGGGCCCCCGACUACUUCGACUACAUCCACAUCCGCGACCUCUAUGGCAGCAUCAGUGAUUGGUCUGCCCUCUAUAAGAGGGUUUACCGCCACCUCAAGCCUGGCGGCUGGUUUGAGGACGUCGAGCUCGAUAUCCGUGUCCACUCCGACGUCGUCACCGACCCCGAGCACAUCUUCUACCGAUGGAACCGUGUCUUCCAAGAUGCUGGCGAGAAGAUGGGCAAGACAUUCAAAAUUGCCAUUGGCUCGCGCAUGUCGGAUCUCAUGAACGAGGCGGGCUUCGUCGACGUUACUGAACGCAGGUUCAGGCUCCCCAUGAGCCCCUGGUGCCUCGACCCCAAGUUGAAGGAGGUCGGGCAGUUUGUGCAGAUGUUCAUAGACGGCGGUAUAGAGGGGUUUUCGCUAUACCUCUUGACGCAGGUUGUGGGCUGGAAAUACGAGGAGUGCCAGGUCUUCAUUGCCAAGAUGAGGCAGGCACUGAAGAAUAAGAAGCUCAACCCUUAUUAUGAGCUGACCUUGGUGUACGGGCGGAAACCCGAGGACGCAACUGCUGCUGCUUAA